AUGAGCACCAACAAAUUCACACCAUUUCGAUACAUCUCGCCGGAGACGACGAUGACUCGGUACGCCGUCGGUGCGUUGUUCUUCCUGUUGCUGUCGACCGUCGCCUUCAACGUCGAGAGCCGUAACGUCGUUGAUGAUGUGCUGAGAUUGCCUUCGGAGGCUGCAAGGUUCUUCCGUCCGAACCAGAAAAGUAAAGACGAUGAUGAUGAUGCUGCGGGGACCAGAUGGGCGGUCCUGCUUGCUGGAUCAAGCGGAUACUGGAAUUACAGGCACCAGGCUGAUGUAUGUCAUGCCUAUCAACUUCUGAAGAGGGGUGGCCUCAAAGAUGAAAACAUCAUUGUUUUCAUGUAUGAUGACAUUGCGUAUGAUGAAGAGAACCCUAGGCCUGGAGUCAUCAUAAACAGUCCACAGGGUGAUGAUGUUUACAAAGGAGUGCCAAAGGAUUAUACUGGGGAUGAUGUUACUGCUGGCAACUUUUUUGCAGCUAUCCUAGGAAACAAAACUGCUGUUACUGGUGGUAGUGGGAAGGUUGUUGAGAGUGGUCCGAAUGAUCAUAUUUUCAUAUAUUACACCGAUCACGGUGGUCCUGGUGUUCUUGGGAUGCCUACUUAUCCUUACAUCUACGCAGAAGAUCUGAUAGAAGUUCUAAAGAAGAAGCACGAUUCUGGGACAUAUAAAAGCUUGGUAUUUUACCUUGAAGCUUGUGAGUCUGGAAGUAUCUUUGAGGGUCUUCUUCCUGAAGGAUUGAAUAUAUAUGCAACCACUGCAUCAAACGCAGAAGAGAGCAGCUGGGGAACAUACUGCCCUGGGGAAUAUCCUAGUCCUCCCCCUGAAUACGAUACAUGUUUGGGUGACUUAUAUAGUGUUGCCUGGAUGGAGGACAGUGACAUACACAAUCUGCGGAUAGAGACACUGCACCAGCAGUAUGAACUGGUUAAAAGAAGAACUGCAAAUGAUAACUCUUUAUAUGGUUCCCAUGUCAUGCAAUAUGGCGAUCUGAAGCUUAGCAGGGAAGACCUUUUCCUCUAUUUGGGAACAGAUCCGGCAAAUGAUAACUGUACUUUUGUGGAUGACAACUCCCUGAGCCCAACUUCAAAAGCUGUUAACCAGCGUGAUGCUGAUCUUUUGCAUUUCUGGCACAAGUUCCGCAAGGCUCCAGAAGGCUCUGCUAGGAAAUUUAAAGCCCAGAAGCAAUUUACCGAAGCUAUGUCACAUAGAAUGCACGUGGACAACAGUAUAAAUCUUGUUGGGAAGCUGUUGUUCGGAAUUGACAAAGGUCCUGAGGUUUUGACAACUGUUCGACCUGCUGGGCAGCCUCUUGUUGAUGAUUGGAAUUGCCUCAAGACAUUGGUCAGGACAUUUGAGACACAUUGCGGAUCCUUAUCCCAGUAUGGAAUGAAACAUAUGCGGUCCAUUGCUAACAUCUGCAACGCUGGAAUUCAGAAGGAGCAGAUGGCUGAUGCAUCUGCGCAAGCUUGUGUCGCCAUUCCUUCAAAUCCUUGGAGCUCUCUCCACAAGGGGUUGAGUGCAUGAUUAAUACAGUAUCUGCAAUCUGAAAUAUCGGUUCUGUUGUUAUGAUUGCUGCUUUUUAAUAUUUCAAUGCUUCAUUGUAAAUACAGCUCAGAAGCACAAACUCUACUGGAUUGGUAUGUAAGAAAAAAUAUGAUGUAUGUCUUUGCUGCACCUAAUGUAACAAUGUUUCCUAUGUUAAAUAUGAUGGGAGUGUGAGAGACCAAACAGGGCAAUGAGUUUUUAGGUCAUCAUUUUUUGGCCUUUUUCGUUUUUUUUUCUCCUUUCCUCACAGACAAUUUUGUGAAAUUGACUGCGAGUAUAAUAAAAGUAUGUGCUUUUAUUUUAUGUUCUUGUUUUUUUCAUCAAUUCUGGCCUAGUCGAGGCUUGUACAUGCCCAAUCCUAAUGGACAACCCUUUGAUUUGUCUCUGGCUGUAUAAUCC